AUGGCUGACAAAAUUCAACUUUUAAAGGACCAGCCCCGAUACUUUGGUGACACAACUCAGCUCAAUAAGGAGAUGCUUUGUAGGAAAACGUCUUCCGACGAGUCUCAUGACCAGGCGGCAGACGAUUACUUUUUUGACACUCCUGUCCGUCAAUGGUCAGUUCGUGAUUUUCUCAAGAAUCACAGCGACUCCACUCCGUUCAUUGCGGGCCUCGACAAGAUCAGAAGACGCCAUUCAGUGGACAAAGCGAUCCGGAACUACGCCACUUCGUGGUUCAAGUUUAUGGAAGGUGACUUGGGCAAGCUGCGUUUGGAAGCAUUCGCGGCGGAGACCAAAACCAGCGUCACUAGCGGCAUCAUUGUCGAGGAGGAGCGUCUCUUGGCACAACAACGUCUCCGCGGCCAUCUACGCGAGGCGACUGCAAAGGCCCUGGUACAGCAUGAACCAGUCCACACGAUACCUCUUUUGAGGAAGAGAGGGCGAGAGGUGGAAACGGAAGUACAGGCGAAAGAGGACGGCUCCGUCAAUAGUCCGACUUACAAGAAGAGCGCGAUCAGCCUAUUCGAGGAGGAUUCUCUGGACGGCGGUAGCCUCGUGGACGAAAAAGAUGAGGAUGCCGUAACUUUGGUUCAAAAGCGCUCCCACCACCCGCUCAACAUGGUCUUCGACUGCCAACGAUUCUCCUUCGCCUGUGUCGUGGGCGAGCAGGAUGUUUCAAGGCGGUUCACGGACUACUACUUGGAAGCAGUGGCACUGCCUUACGACUACCACAGCUUCGAGGACUUUCUCGCAACAGGAGGGAUCCUCUUUCUAGGAGGUAAGCCCACACGCUUGCAGGAGCAGCACUUCGGGGAAGAUUUCGAGAGGUUGCAUAAGGCUGUGAUCUUGGGGAUUGAGCCCAAUAAGGACAAGGAUAUGCUGGCAAACCAAGAAGAUCAGGCAGUCGAAUUCUGCCAGGCCGCGCGGAAUACCUUUCGGAAGGCUGAGCGCAACGUUGGCUCGGAUCAAGCCCGCAAGCUGCUCAAGCAGCGCAUAGCGCAGGAAGAGGACUCACCCUUGAAGGAUCUUUACGAGUACGCCGCUAAAUUACCCAAGAAUUGCCAACCGCGAAUCUUGGAUGAACUCGUGACCAGGAUGGAGAUCACUGAGGAGGCCCAGGUGUUGUUCUUUCAGGUCAUCGGAAAGAAAUGUACUUUCUACGCCAUGAGACGGUCGGGGACUGUGUGUGUUGCGGUGGAGAUAGCCAAAAUCAAGAUUGCGUACACUAUAUCUGAUGUGUUGGCUGGGUUCGAGGAAGAUGUCCGAGGUUGGCUUCUUGUUGACAGGACCUUCCAGAACCUCGUCUCUACCCUUAAAUCAGCAAUGCCACGGAAGCCACAUAGCCCUCCGCCUCCUGUCUUCGCUGGGCUCCGCACCCCGCGAUCUCGCCGCAUGAGCCGAGACACUCAUCGUCCCUUGUAA